AUGUCAGACAAAGAACAAGCAAGUGGGAUGACAGAUUUAGAAAAUCCAACUCUAAACCCAAACCACAAUCUAUCUCAAGACUCCCUAGGGAAAAUUUACACAGGUGGUGAACAUAAUGAAUACAUCUACAUUGGUCGUCAAAAAUUCUUAAGAAAUGAACUUUUCGAAGCUUUCGGUGGUACAUUAAACCCAGGUUUAGCUCCUGCAUCGACUCACAAGUUCGCUAAUCCUGCUCCAUUGGGGUUAUCAGCUUUCGUUUUAACUACUUUUGUACUUUCCAUGUUUAAUGCAAGAGCUCAAAAUAUUAGAGUUCCAAACGUCAUCGUCGGAUUAGCUAUGUUCUACGGUGGUCUUGUUCAAUUAAUUGCAGGUAUUUGGGAAAUCGCUUUGGAAAACACUUUUGGUGGAACAGCAUUAUGUUCAUAUGGUGGAUUCUGGUUAAGUUUCGGUGCUAUUUACAUCCCAUGGUUUGGUAUCUUAGAUGCUUACCAAGGGUUAGAAACUCAUGACUUGGGUAACGCCUUGGGGUUCUAUCUAAUAGGUUGGAGUAUCUUUACUUUUGGUUUGACUCUCUGUACUUUGAAAUCAACCAUUGCAUUCUUCUCAUUGUUUUUCCUAUUAGCAAUCACAUUCUUAUUGUUAUCCAUUGGUGAAUUUACUGGAAAAUAUGGUGUUACAAGAGCUGGUGGUAUCUUAGGUGUCAUCGUUGCCUUUAUUGCCUGGUACAAUGCAUAUGCGGGUGUGGCGACAAAACAAAACUCUUAUUUAAUGGCAAAACCAUUCGCAUUACCAACUAAUGAUAGAGUGAUCUUUUAG